CAGGCUGCCUACUGCACUUGACGCAAAAUCGGAAGCAAACACCGUGGGAGCCUAAGGAGUGGUUCUUGGUAUGCGAAGCCAUUAAACGUGCUUCUAUAAUCAUCUAGAACGGAGGAGCACAGAGUGAGUAAAUCUGUGUUUAAACUUUACAGCUGAAGAUGUCUCACUACAUGAUCAUCUUCUGUUCUCUUCUCCUGACUGCUGUAGAUGUCCGAGCCCAAUGUGACAGACCUUCUGUUGGAGAAAACCGGGUUUUGGCUGAUGAUGUAGACCAACAAUCAUUUUCUGAUGGAUCCGUUUUAAAGUUUAAAUGUGCCACCGGUUAUGUGACGUUAUCAGGUUCCAAGUCGAUCACCUGUACCGGAAACCAAUGGAGCGAUCUCGAACUUCGGUGUAAAAAAAGAUCCUGUGGUAAUCCUGGCGAAAUUAACAAUGGUAGGUAUCAGAUUCCACCCGAAGGUGGAAUUCUGUUUGGCGCCACCAUCACAGCAACGUGUAAUGAUGGUUUUAUGCUUGUUGGCUAUGCAAAAAGAAAUUGCUUAGCAAACGGGUGGGAUGGGAGAGCUCCUGUAUGUGAAGAGGUGAAAUGUCUACCACCCCCCAGUAUAAAAGAUGGAACAUUUGAACCAAUGGAAGACUUCUAUAAUUAUAACGAAGUAGUCACAUAUUCUUGUGACAGUGGUGUUCAUCUUAUUGGAACUUCAGAAUUAUCCUGCUCUAAUGAUGGAACUUUUCAGCCUGCUCCUCCUCGGUGUACAGCUGUGCUCUGUGAUAGACCAGAAAUCCCACAUGCAGUUAGAAUUGAAGGAAAGUCACCGCCUUAUAAAUUAGGCAACUUCGUUCGUUACAAGUGUGAAAAAGGCUAUAAAAUGGAAGGGUCUAAUUUAAUAGUCUGUAAAGAAAAUGGAUGGGAUCCUUCACUUCCUCAGUGCACUGUUAUUACCUGCUCGAACCCUCCUAAUAUAACCAAUGGAGUGUUUAACCCCAGCAAGGAAUCUUACAUGAUUGAAGAAAAAGUCACAUACGAUUGUGUGGAAGGUUUUAAACUUUAUGGAUCUCCAACAAUAUCAUGUACUGAUAAUGGACAGUUUGAGAAGUUUCUUCCUGAGUGUCGCCCAAUCAUCUGUGAUUCACCAUUAAUUCCAUAUUCGGUUAUUGAUGGAAGCCCACCUUACACAUACAACUCCGUGAUCAAAAUCAAGUGUAAUAAAGGCUACAAAUUGGAGGGGUCUGAGUCCCUGACCUGUGGGAACGAUGGAUGGAUUUCAGCUCUCCCACGGUGUAUACCAUUGACUUGUGAUGCACCCAGCAUUACAGAUGCGUACAUAGUUAAAGGAAAGGCAGCAUCCUAUACAUAUGCCAUGUCAAUCCAGGUCAAGUGUUCUAAAGGCUAUACAAUGACUGGGUCUGACACUCUCUCCUGUGAUGAAAAUGGAUGGAAUCCACCUCCUCCGAAGUGCAACAUUGUGACCUGUGUUCAACCUCCUGAAAUUAACAAUGGGCAGGUCACCUUAGUACAGAGCGUCUAUAAAUAUGGACAAACAGUCACAUAUUUAUGUGCGGAAAAAUUUAGCAUUGAAGGUGCUGCAACAAUAUCAUGUACUGAAUAUGGAACUUUUCAGGAUCCCCCUCAGUGUAAGGAGGUUUCAGCUCCAUUGACGAUGCCCACUGGGGUCAUUGCCUUAUUGGGUAGCCUAGGUGUAGUGGUGUUCAGUGGUUUGGUGUUUGGUGGUCUGUUUGGUGGUUACCGCUACUAUCAGAAAAAAGAGAAAAGUAAAAAAUCUACACACGGGUCCAAACCAGAAACCUGUUCUCUGGUCAGUGUGUCUUCAAGACAUCAUCCCAAAGAGUAAACUUCACCCAAAAGCAUGUACUGAUACAGUACAUCCCCCAGUCUCUCUAAUUCACUUUAAACAUUUGGACACUUUCAUUCGGUAAAGUAUUUUAGUCCAAAUUGGGACGAGUGUCCAGACAGCUUACUUCACUUUAUUAAAUAUGUUUAGCAUUUUUUUUUAUAAAGAAAACAAACCUUUUAGUUUUCAAAGUAAAGUCUGUGGGUUUUUCUUCUAUUUGUUUAAAACAUAUAUACACUAUAUUUCCAAAUGUAUUGGGUCAUAAGUACGGUAUGUGAUUUUUGUGCGUUGCAUUCCACAUUUAGCCCCAAUUUGCUCUUAUAAUUCCCUUCACUCUUCUGGGAAGAUGUUCCACUAGAUUUUGGAGUGUGCUUAUGGAUAUUUGUCAUAUCAGCCACAAAGGUAUUAUAAAAAGCAGGUACUGUUGUAGGUGAGGAGACCUGGGGUGCAGUCAGCGUCCCAAAUAAUCCCAAAGGUGUUCAUGAGAUCAGAGCUCUAUAGCAGGCCACUAAAGAUCUUCCUCUCCAAAGCAUGUAAACCAGAUCUUCAAGGAGCUCACUUUGUGCAUAGGGGCAGUGCCAUGCUGGAGUAGAUUUGGGUUUCCAAGUUCAAGUGAAUGCAAAAUUGUAUUAUAGCAGAUCUUAUGACCUUUACAUUUGAGGUACUCCAGCUUUGUGGUAACGGUUUGGAAAAGAACCACAUAUAGCAGGAAAGCUCAGGUGUCCCAAUACUUUUGGAAAUAUAGUAUAUGUGCUCCUACCACAGCAAGAUAGAGUUUUUUCCUUUUAUUUAUUUAUAUAUAUAUAUAUAUAUAUAUAUAUAUAUAUAUAUAUGUGUGUGUGUGUAUGUUUGCACUAAACAUUUAGAAUGUUACUAUAUCUAGUUUGUUUGCACUUAGCCUACCUAUUUAUUUAAUCACUUUUUGUGCGAAAAGUAUUCUUAAACAGGGCUCCAAAACAUUUUCUAAGAAUCAUUAUUCUUUGUUAAACGUUUCGCAAAAGUUUCACAGUCUAUGAAUGUGCUGCAAGAGGUUUGGAUACGUUCAUCGAAUUUUUACGUUUGUUAUUCUGGCAUGAACCCAUUGUUCAUUUGGAGUGUUUUUACUAUAUAGUGGAAAUUACUUACCGGGUUAGCAUUUUUUGAGACGUAUACAUGCUCCUUUUUUUUUUUUUUUUUUUUUUUUUGCAACAAACUAGGUCAAAAGCAAAAACACAAGAAUUGUAUAAUGAAUAACUGGGAGAAAGUACUUAGAAUACUUUUGGCACAAAUGUAAUUCCACACCAAGGUCAUCGCUGUAUUAUUGUUGCGCUUGAUUUAUUCGAAUUUUACUUUGCACUAGAAUAGACUAUAAAGAAUUUAUCUAUUAUUCUGAACAAAAAUGAUUUCUUUAUUCUUUGAUUUUUCUCAGUCUGUUAAUAAAAUUCUCACCUGCCAAUAGACAUGUUCAUCAUUCUAAAGAAGAGCCCUAACCAUUAACAUACCCUCGCUCCAAGGGUCUUAAAGAGCAUGUAACAGCAUAUUUAAUUUCCUCAUUACAUAUUUGCCAAAGAUUACACUCUUUUUAUUUAAUAAAGAAUUUAAUUUGCCAAACCAGUUAGUACUUAUCAUCACUUCAACUGCAAUUCCCUGAAUCUAAUAAAAAACACAGCCCCGAAGAUGAAUCAGACCCGAAGACUUGGACUUAUGGAGGAAGACUACUAAUGCUUACAGAAAUGUUAAUUAUCUAGAUCAAUAAUUACAUCUGUUCUGUGUUUAAUAAAAUCAUGAUUUAAUAUAUAUUUUUUUUUAACUGGGUGUAAAUUACUUGCAGUGGCUGCCAUUUAGGUCUGUGUAAAUGACUUACUAUAGAAAACUGUCAGAGCAAGUGCAUUAAUAUACACCUCUGAUUUGCCUUAACAGCUAGUACUAUCAUUAGAGCUGAGUAUUAGAAACUUUCUGAACUAUCGAAAACAGUCGUGUGAUUUAAUGUGAUAUACAGUAAUAUCAGCUGCUUUCUAGUAAUACAGUAAAAAAACAACAUUGACUGUAUGACCGUAGGUGACCAUACGUGUUUCCUUUCUUGCAUGAUGAAUGAUCUGAUGGAAAAGUUUGUACAUAUGUUUGUUUGUAAAUGGUUCACUUCACGGUUGGGCUUUAAUUUAAAAUGCUGUCAUGUUGCACUGUUAUUAUAAUGUAAUAAAUGUGUUUCUGCUAAUACAAACAUUUCCUUUAUUA